AUGGUCGCUGGUGUGCGGUUGUUAGCAUGCGGUAGGCUUGCUGUGCGAGCCGUAUUCUCAGCAUCUGCCCUUGACAUUGGCGCAACCGUAACAGCAGAUUCUAUACAAACGACAGGAAAACGAUCGUUUGCUUCGCAGCCGUCAGCUUCUGGAAAAUCGGCUGAAAAUGCAGCGAAUGCUGCGACGUCGUCGCACGUCGAAAAUGUGAUUGCUAGCUGCGCAGGGUUUCCAAAAGAUAUGUUAAAUGGUCCCUCGACAGUUCUUGAAAAGGGUGUUUAUGGUGAUGAUGCGUGGUUUAUAUCAAGGUUUAAGAACACUUUUGUCGUCGGCGUCGCAGAUGGCGUUGGCGGCUGGAGAAAGUACGGAAUUGACCCAUCGCAGUUCUCUCGAAAAUUAAUGAAAGAAUGCGAAAAACGGGUACAAGGCGGCGAAUUCGAUCCGAAAAGGCCCGACACGCUGCUCGAAUACGCGUUCCGAGCAACCGCCGAAGCGCCAAGACCUGUCGGCUCGUCGACGGCGUGUGUUCUCGUUGUGCAUCAGGAGAAGCUUUACUCGGCGAAUCUCGGUGAUUCGGGUUUUAUGGUUGUGCGGAAUGGCAAAGUGAUACUCAAAAGCAGGGAACAGGUGCACUAUUUCAAUGCUCCUUUCCAGCUCACGUUACCUCCAGAGGGUUACCAGGGAUUCAUUGGAGAUAAUCCUGAUAUGGCUGACAGGGACGAAUUAGCUGUCAAAAAAGGAGACAUUAUUUUGCUUGCGACCGAUGGCGUUUGGGACAAUCUGAGCGAUCAUCAUGUGCUCGAGCAGCUCAAAACAUUAGACGAAGGAAAGCGGAAUGUGCAAGAGGUGUGCAAUGCUCUCGCUUUGACCGCUCGUCGUCUCGCAUUCGAUUCCAAACACAACAGUCCGUUCGCGAUGAAAGCGCGCGAGCAUGGAUUUUCGGCUCCCGGCGGCAAACCGGAUGAUAUAACAUUAACAGCGAAACCUGAUAAGGUUGUAUCAGCAUUAACUGACGGCUAUACGAAAUAUUGCAAUGAAACUGUAUUUUUCUAUAAUACAGAAAGCUUUGCUAAAAAAUUGAAAGGCAAAUAUCGAACCGAAUUCAUCGAUGAGCCGAAUACAAACCAUUUCUAUUGGGAUUAUUAUCAACAUGUCAUGUCUUCUUCUUCGUCUUCUUCUCCAGCUCAAUGGACAUUUGUUGGUGAUGAUCAAACAUAUUUGAUGGUUGCAAAUUUGCGAAAAACUCUUGAAAAUUUUAAUGAAAAUGAGCCACUCGUUUUCGGAAAAGUCGCUAGUAUUCCAACAUUUCUAUCAUGGAUUUUUCCAUUCUCAAAUAAAGGAAAAAUCGCGAUCCGAGCUGGCGUAGUGUUUUCUUCAAAUGCUAUUCGUCAAUUAGAGAAGUGCAGAGGAUUUUUCUUUGCUCGUUCAACUGAAUUUGCAUUAUAUGAAUGCUGCGAAAAGUUUUCUGUUCGCGUAACGGAUCCAUUCGACGAAAGCGCGCUACGACAGUUUCAUGAAUCCCCACCACGAACUCUAAUCACGCCGUCGUCGUAUUCAUUUCAAUUUUGGAAAGGGAAAACAAAACCAUGUUGCUCGGAUCAUGCUAUUACUUUUGGGCAACUUUCAACAAAGGAUAUGAGGGUCUUAGAAUAUGGCUCAACGUUGAAAGUGUUUGGACGCGGCGAAAUUGUGGAAAUCGAAGAUGAAAUGGAUGCGGGUGCUAAUUUAACAGCGGGUUUAUAA